AUGGCGAUUUUAUCCUCAACCAUCGCGCUGCUAGCUCUUGCUGGCAGCAAUGUUGCCGCGGUUAUGGCGGCAACGACCUCGAGCUCCGCAGCAGCAGCAGCCAAGACUGGCGCGACCUUUGAGAACGGGUUUGAUAUCCGGAGCACCUGGGCUAACCUCGCUCCGUACGCCGAUUCUGAUGGAUACGGUGCCCCGAAAGGCUCUCCCCCGCAAUGUGAGCUCUCUCAGGUACAUUUGCUCGCUCGCCAUGGUGAGCGGUAUCCCACCUACCACGAGAUAGAUGGCGGCAUCAUCGAAAACUUUGCCUCCAAGCUAGCAAACUUUUCGGCAAAGCAUCCCAAGACUGCGAUAGGCACAGGGCCAUUGGUAUUCCUGAACUACUGGGACUACUUGUUAGAGUUGGAUAGCCUGCUCCCCAUGGGUGCUUCGACCUCAGCUAGCUCGGGCGCAGAGCUCUGGAGCAGGUACGGCCGCUUGCUCUACCGCGCCGACCGGACUCAAAGAAAGUGGGAUAACUCGAUGAAUGUUUACCCCAAUGGCACUGCUCGCCCGAAGCCCAUCUUCCGGACAACCAACUACCCGCGAGUCUUCGAGAGUGCGAAGUGGUUCUUGAGCGGUUUCUUUUCAAACACGGACGCCAGCAGCUCAGAAGCCGAUUACGAUCUCGUGAGCAUCCCCGAAGUGGCCGGCUUCAAUAACACCCUUUCUUCAUAUGAGGCCUGCACUGAAGGUGAAACCGCCGAGGAAACCGCUCUUUUGACCUUUAUUGCCACUUUCACUCAAGCCCCACUCAAGCGUCUUACCAAGUACUUCCCCAAAGGUUUCAACCUACAGGCUGUGGAUGUCUAUGCCAUGAUGAAUCUGUGCCCAUAUGAGUCUGCUUUGCUGGGCGAUUCGUCCUUCUGCUCGCUGUUUACCGAAAAUGAAUGGCGCAGCUUCGAGUAUGCUCUCGACCUGGAGUUCUACGGUGUUUAUGGCUGGGGUUCCCCCAGUGGUCGCGCUCAGGGUAUCGGCUAUGUGCAGGAGCUGGCAGCCCGCCUGGAGGGACGCGUGAUUCCGAUCAGUCACUCCAGUAUCAACUCGACAUGGGACGACAACACAGAGACGUUCCCACUGAACCAACCCCUGUUCAUGGAUAUGUCCCAUGACAACACGAUAGUCUCUGUGCUCGCUGCUCUGAGCCUGAAAUACUUCAACUACGGUCCUAAUGGCUUGCCUGGCAAUGUGGCUACUCCACCCGCUCGCACCUUCAACUUGGCGGAGCUUGUACCCUGUGGUUCCUGGAUGGCGUCUGAAGUCUGGACCUGCCCCAGCGAUGUAUCUUUCGAGAAUCUGCAGGAGCAGAUGUACAAGAACCCCGACCUUUCCUCCACUGCAAACACCACGGACUACAUUCGCUUUGUGCUGAACAGUGCCCCCAUCUCACUGGAAGGGUUGAGUGCUUGCAAUGGAUCGGUGAAUGGGUUCUGCCCCGUCGAGAAAUUUCUUAGUGCCGUUCCUGUCUUGACCAAGGAUGCAAUGUACGCCGAGGCAUGCUUUGGCAGCUACAACAUUACCAGUCAGGUUGCCAACGGCAACCCACUCACGUCAUAA